CUCCCCUCAUGGUACCCAAGCAAUGGUUCAAGGAACAAUCCAGGAUUGAUGCUACUAUAUCUGGCUUUGUGAGAACAUUGAGCGAGGGUGGUUAUCAAACCAACAACUUUAUUGCCUGUGACGCUCACAUCCUGGCCACACCAAGGCUUGCAGACCUCGAUGGAGAUGGCAGAAAGGAGGAACUUGCACUUCCUGUGUCGUAUUAUGAAGAGCUUGAGUCACCAAGGAAUGUAGAGUCAGGUGAAAGUGUCCUGGACCUAGUGGUCAGUGGAUUGGUCAUUCUCAACAUGACCAGUGGUCAUCUUAUCAAAGAAAUACCAUUACACUUAUCAAAGCAAUCAGAUCCAUUCCCAGCCUAUCUGUUAUAUCCUCCCACCAUCGUUGACCUGGACAAUCGUCAUGGACCAACAGAGGUCAUCAUAGCAACCACAUCAGGUCUACUGCACGUUGUCGAUAUCAAGGGACAGGCAAGAUCAGGUUUCCCUCUACGGCUAGAGGGAGGGGCCAUCAUGGGACAGAUCACUGUUGAUGAUUUGGACAGUGAUGGCAUCCUGGAGAUGAUUGUCCUCCAGACAUCUGGUGAUGUCACAUGUCUCAGUCGCCAUGGUGACAAAGUGUGGUCUUCCAAGAUAUCAGGUGGUUCCAUGCCUGGAUCCAGAUUGGCUGAUCUUGAUGGUGAUGGUGUGAUGGAUGUUAUCAUACCUACAAGUGAUGGGAAUGUUUGGGCAUUAUCAGGCAAGACUGGUACCCAUUUACAUCAUUGGCCUGUGUACGUUGGAAGCAGACUUGUAUCAAAUAUUGUAAUCACCAGUCUCAUAAAGUCAUCUCGACAUCCAGUUGUGAUAACCGUAGGAUAUGAUGGCAACUUGUACAUUAUAUCAUCAUCACAUAAUGGUGAAGAAGGUCCAUGUAUUGAGACUAUUGCACUUGGUGAAAGUUCACUGACCUCUGUAUAUAUGGCAGACAUGAUUCCAUAUAUGCCUGGUGUAGAGAUGAUAGCUGCCACCACCCAUGGUAGUAUCAUGCUCCUGUCUACCCAAAAUCAAGAGAUAGAUAGCGAGGGUCUGGAAGACCUCACAUGGAUGGAUACAACAAAUGAUGACAAAUUUGCGUACAAAGAGGCAAAGUAUGGUGCAUUUGUGAGGAGAGAGACUAAGCAGAAAUCUUACAUCAGUGGUACAAGUUUCAUCAUAGAUUUUCACAUCGAAGAUGACAACAAAUCAAGUGGAGAUAAUUCAUAUACAAUUCAGGUUUUUGCUGGUUCAAUUUGCCUUCAUCCUGGUACAACCUAUUCUAAGCCUGGUUUAUAUUCCCUCGAUGUAGCAACACCUAAUCAUCCUACUACAGUACUAGUUGAAAUUCAUUUGAUCAACCAACAUGGUCACAUCUUUGUUGACUCAUUCCCUGUGAGUUUUAAUACCAAGGUUACUGAUGACAUCCAAUGGUUACUGGUGAUUCCAACCAUUGCCAUGGCAAUUCUUCUUCUCAUCCUCUAUGGAUAUCCAGAAGUAGAUCUUCUUCCAACAUCUCAUACAUCUAAGGAGAGGUAACAGUCAAGUCUACCUAGUAUAAGCUGAUGUCAUUGUAUGAUUAUCUAGUACAUUGUGGGUUUAUUGAGAAGGGUUCUGAAAUAUACUGUACCAGAUGAAAUCUUUUUAUGAAGAUGAAAUGAAGAAUUUUCAGAUAAAGAUAUAUGUUAAGUUUACAUAUGUUUUUGUCCAGUAUGGCUAAUAGUGUGAUUUGGAUAAAUUAAUAAUAUUGAAGUAAGUAAAAUAUAUAGUACAUUAUACAAAAAAUUAUCCUUGAAUUCCUUGAAUAAAUGACACAAGUAAAUAAUGCGGGAAAAUGAAGCCUUGCAACACAAAAACGCAACUAUUGAUUUUUACAAUUUAUUUUGUGAUUGAUUGUCCAUAAUGAUUAUUGCAAUCAAUUUUAGAUAUCAAUCCUCCAUUCAGGUGCCAAGCUUGUGCGUUUGUUGGUCUUGGUUUCCUCCAAAUGAAUACAUAACAAGAAACUAGCAUUAUCAGCAGUGCUCUCAACAUAGUUUGUGAUAUCUUAACAAACACUUGCUGUUUAUUGCAAGAAGUAAUUAUCAGGCACCGAUAGUAAAUAGCUUGAACUGGUUGAAUGGGUUAUUCAUUUAUAACAAUAUUCUGGGAAUGUUUAAUGUAGUUUGAAAUCAGAAUUCCCAUACUAGGGAUUUAUUGGAAAUGAUGAAUAGUAAGAUUAUCUCAAAUUAGGUUGAUAAGUUUGAUACCACAAGAAUCCUUGACCUUGGAAAUGAUGAUAAGUAAGAUUAUCUCAAAUUAGGUUGAUAAGUUUGAUACCACUAGAAUCCUUGACCUUGGAAAUGAUGAUAAGUAAGAUUAUCUCAAAUUAGGUUGAUAAGUUUGAUACCACAAGAAUCCUUGACCUUGGAAAUGAUGAUAAGUAAGAUUAUCUCAAAUUAGGUUGAUAAGUUUGAUACCACUAGAAUCCUUGACCUUGGAAAUGAUGAUAAGUAAGAUUAUCUCAAAUUAGGUUGAUAAGUUUGAUACCACAAGAAUCCUUGACCUUGGAAAUGAUGAUAAGUAAGAUUAUCUCAAAUUAGGUUGAUAAGUUUGAUACCACUAGAAUCCUUGACCUUGGAAAUGAUGAUAAGUAAGAUUAUCUCAAAUUAGGUUGAUAAGUUUGAUACCACUAGAAUCCUUGACCUUGGAAAUGAUGAUAAGUAAGAUUAUCUCAAAUUAGGUUGAUAAGUUUGAUACCACUAGAAUCCUUGACCUUGGAAAUGAUGAUAAGUAAGAUUAUCUCAAAUUAGGUUGAUAAGUUUGAUACCACUAGAAUCCUUGACCUUGGAAAUGAUGAAUAGUAAGAUUAUCUCAAAUUAGGUUGAUAAGUUUGAUACCACUAGAAUCCUUGACCUUGGAAAUGAUGAUAAGUAAGAUUAUCUCAAAUUAGGUUGAUAAGUUUGAUACCACAAGAAUCCUUGACCUUGGAAAUGAUGAUAAGUAAGAUUAUCUCAAAUUAGGUUGAUAAGUUUGAUACCACUAGAAUCCUUGACCUUGGAAAUGAUGAUAAGUAAGAUUAUCUCAAAUUAGGUUGAUAAGUUUGAUACCACUAGAAUCCUUGACCUUGGAAAUGAUGAAUAGUAAGAUUAUCUCAAAUUAGGUUGAUAAGUUUGAUACCACUAGAAUCCUUGACCUUGGAAAUGAUGAUAAGUAAGAUUAUCUCAAAUUAGGUUGAUAAGUUUGAUACCACUAGAAUCCUUGACCUUGGAAAUGAUGAGAAGUAAGAUUAUCUCAAAUUAGGUUGAUAAGUUUGAUACCACUAGAAUCCUUGACCUUGGAAAUGAUGAUAAGUAAGAUUAUCUCAAAUUAGGUUGAUAAGUUUGAUACCACUAGAAUCCUUGACCUUGGAAAUGAUGAUAAGUAAGAUUAUCUCAAAUUAGGUUGAUAAGUUUGAUACCACUAGAAUCCUUGACCUUGGAAAUGAUGAUAAGUAAGAUUAUCUCAAAGUAGGUUGAUAAGUUUGAUACCACUAGAAUCCUUGACCUUGGAAAUGAUGAUAAGUAAGAUUAUCUCAAAUUAGGUUGAUAAGUUUGAUACCACAAGAAUCCUUGACCUUGGAAAUGAUGAUAAGUAAGAUUAUCUCAAAUUAGGUUGAUAAGUUUGAUACCACUAGAAUCCUUGACCUUGGAAAUGAUGAUAAGUAAGAUUAUCUCAAAUUAGGUUGAUAAGUUUGAUACCACAAGAAUCCUUGACCUUGGAAAUGAUGAUAAGUAAGAUUAUCUCAAAUUAGGUUGAUAAGUUUGAUACCACAAGAAUCCUUGACCUUGGAAAUGAUGAUAAGUAAGAUUAUCUCAAAUUAGGUUGAUAAGUUUGAUACCACUAGAAUCCUUGACCUUGGAAAUGAUGAUAAGUAAGAUUAUCUCAAAUUAGGUUGAUAAGUUUGAUACCACAAGAAUCCUUGACCUUGGAAAUGAUGAUAAGUAAGAUUAUCUCAAAUUAGGUUGAUAAGUUUGAUACCACUAGAAUCCUUGACCUUGGAAAUGAUGAUAAGUAAGAUUAUCUCAAAUUAGGUUGAUAAGUUUGAUACCACUAGAAUCCUUGACCUUGGAAAUGAUGAUAAGUAAGAUUAUCUCAAAUUAGGUUGAUAAGUUUGAUACCACAAGAAUCCUUGACCUUGGAAAUGAUGAUAAGUAAGAUUAUCUCAAAUUAGGUUGAUAAGUUUGAUACCACUAGAAUCCUUGACCUUGGAAAUGAUGAUAAGUAAGAUUAUCUCAAAUUAGGUUGAUAAGUUUGAGACCACAAGAAUCCUUGACCUUGGAAAUGAUGAUAAGUAAGAUUAUCUCAAAUUAGGUUGAUAAGUUUGAUACCACUAGAAUCCUUGACCUUGGAAAUGAUAAUAGUAAGAUUAUCUCAAAUUAGGUUGAUAAGUUUGAUACCACUAGAAUCCUUGACCUUGGAAAUGAUGAUAAGUAAGAUUAUCUCAAAUUAGGUUGAUAAGUUUGAUACCACAAGAAUCCUUGACCUUGGAAAUGAUGAUAAGUAAGAUUAUCUCAAAUUAGGUUGAUAAGUUUGAUACCACUAGAAUCCUUGACCUUGGAAAUGAUGAUAAGUAAGAUUAUCUCAAAUUAGGUUGAUAAGUUUGAUACCACUAGAAUCCUUGACCUUGGAAAUGAUGAUAAGUAAGAUUAUCUCAAAUUAGGUUGAUAAGUUUGAUACCACUAGAAUCCUUGACCUUGGAAAUGAUGAAUAGUAAGAUUAUCUCAAAUUAGGUUGAUAAGUUUGAUACCACUAGAAUCCUUGACCUUGGAAAUGAUGAUAAGUAAGAUUAUCUCAAAUUAGGUUGAUAAGUUUGAUACCACUAGAAUCCUUGACCUUGGAAAUGAUGAUAAGUAAGAUUAUCUCAAAUUAGGUUGAUAAGUUUGAUACCACUAGAAUCCUUGACCUUGGAAAUGAUGAUAAGUAAGAUUAUCUCAAAUUAGGUUGAUAAGUUUGAUACCACUAGAAUCCUUGACCUUGGAAAUGAUGAAUAGUAAGAUUAUCUCAAAUUAGGUUGAUAAGUUUGAUACCACUAGAAUCCUUGACCUUGGAAAUGAUGAUAAGUAAGAUUAUCUCAAAUUAGGUUGAUAAGUUUGAUACCACUAGAAUCCUUGACCUUGGAAAUGAUGAUAAGUAAGAUUAUCUCAAAUUAGGUUGAUAAGUUUGAUACCACUAGAAUCCUUGACCUUGGAAAUGAUGAUAAGUAAGAUUAUCUCAAAUUAGGUUGAUAAGUUUGAUACCACUAGAAUCCUUGACCUUGGAAAUGGUGAUAAGUAAGAUUAUCUCAAAUUAGGUUGAUAAGUUUGAUACCACUAGAAUCCUUGACCUUGGAAAUGGUGAUUUAGCUGCAAAAUUAUGAUUCUAGGUUAUUUAAGAGCUGAGAUAUUAUUGAAAACCCUAUUUUUGGUGACUAUUUUGUAAAACCCAAGAUGUCGGCCAUGUAGGGAUGCAAAUGUAAACAUUGUUGUUCUGAUUCCUAUUUACAAUAAGGUGUCCAAAAAUGUAGUUUUCAAUUUAUAUAUAAACAAAUCCAGCAGAUAACGUAGUGAAACCUACUAUAUCCUGGUGUAGACUCUGAGUAAAGUAAAUGAGAACAGUAUUAUAUUUAUUGUACUGCAUUAAUACCCAUGAAGUAUGGAUUUUGCAAUUUUUAAUAUAAUUGAAUAUUUUAUACAUUUUUUGUUUGAUGUUGAGUGCAAUGUAUUUUGAAAUAAAAAUUGCAAUUUUGUAAAAAGGA